GGCAAUCGCAAGCAGAGCUCCACAGGCUGCUGCAGUAUCAGCAUCUCGUUUCAUACACGGUGACAAAAUAUACGACGCAUCCUUCGACACAGAGACUCCGAAUUUUGCCUUCCCAGCGACGUUUCUUUUCCCCUUUUUUUGUUUUUCUCGCUUUCCUCGUAGCUCUCGAUGCCGUGCACGCGUCUGUCAUGUAAAAGUCUUGGCUUCCGUUGAUCGUGCGCCGAGAAAGAGACAAAGAGUGAGAGAGAGACACGCGAGUGAUAGAGCGAAGAAGUAAUUAGAGCCAAGUGUUUAUUAUGUUCGAGUGAGCGAGGUGCACGAAUAUUCCGUGCGACGAUUUCAAUACACGAUCACGCAGUGCUGUGUGCGGAGGAGCUUGUGCGUGUGCAGCAGAGAGAGAGAGAAAAAGAGUGUGCGGGGCAACGGCGCCAGUGCCAGUGAAGUGCCGUGCAGCGUGAACAAAACGAUUUCAAAGCCGAAGAUUAAAGUAUUUGCAGCGACUGCUCCAAGAUUUUUUUGCGCCACGCGAAGAGUCACCGGCUCCGGAUAUUUACCCCCUUUUGCUUGGGCUCCAUCGGCCAAGUGCUUUUCAUGCCUAAGAAAGCGUGCGUCUGCUCUCUCGAGUCUGGACCGCCCAAGACCAUCGCGAGGCUCUAAGACGUUAAAAUCUAGCGAUUAUCAACGCCGUUGCUCGCUCCUCGUUUUCAUUCCUUCCUUCCUUUCUUCCUUUCUUUCCUUCCUUCGAGCCUAUCGUCGUCACUCUGUCUUAGAGGCCAAGUGAUAUGUUAACUGAAGACAAUGACCCGACCAAGCUAGCUGGGGUCUUAGACAAUACCGGCAGCGUCUCUUCUUCGUCCGAGAGCUCGAUUCAGCAGUCUCGUGCCUCCAACAAUGCAGAAGCCGAGGUCAAGAACGAGAUACAAGACUGCCCAGACGCCGAGAGCGUGCCCGGUGGCGAGCUCUACAUCGACGAGAACGCCGACGAGAAGGAGCACGAGUACGCCGAUCCGAUGGACAAAGUGGACUACGGCUCGGCCGUCUACAAUCCCACGCACUUUUAUCCAAGCAUAUACAAUUCGCCGUCGUGCGGCGGCAUAGCCGGCGCCAAAGGCUCGUCCGCGCUGCCGAGCUCGUAUCUGAGCUCCUACACGGCGCCGAGCUCGAUGACGCAGUACUCCACGUACGGCGGCUACAACAGCGGCUCCACGGGCUUCACCGGCGUACCCCAGAACAUAUCCACGGCUUCCCAGAAGCUCGAUUACACUGCCUACAGUACGUCGCUCUACAGCAACGACAGGGUUCCGCUGCAGUAUCCAGGAUAUUACUCGGUGCCGGGAUACCACACGUCGCCGGCCUCCUUCAACAUAAGUAAUUUAAAUUUCGUCGACUCAAGCAAAUCAGCCCUGACGUUGGACGGAGCGCCUCACGAUUCGAACGACCUGACCGCGAGAGACGCCGCUGGCAUCGAAGGUUUAGGCGGGGUCGGCCACGGCGGAGGCGGCAAGGCCUGCAAACGCGGACGCCGACAGGCCAACAGUCAGCUCGGCGCCGGGGGCGGCGGCCUGAACAGCGGCAGCAACGUCCUGCCCGGGGGACAGUCGGCCGCGGCGGACACGACGGCACCGGGCCCCGAUCGCAUAUUCAUCUGGGACCUCGACGAGACCAUCAUACUCUAUCACAGCCUGAUGACGGGCGCCUACGCGCAGGCCCACAACAAGGACCCCAAUGUCCUGGCCACGCUGGCCUACAGGCUCGAGGGCAUGAUCGUCGCCCUCACCGACGAGCACUUCUUUCUGCACGAUAUCGAGAGCUUGCGCACGCAGGACUGCGAGCAGGCGCACAUCGACGACGUGGCCUCGGACGACAACGGCCAGGACCUGAGCAGCUACAACUUCGGCAGCGACGGCUUCAGCUGCGACACGAGCUCGAACGGCGGCGCCGGUGGGGGCGGCAUCUGCAUGCCCGGCGGGGUGCGCGGCGGCGUCGACUGGAUGCGAAAGCUGGCCUUUCGCUAUCGCAAGAUCAAGGAGACCUACACGUCGCAUCGCAACAACGUCGGGGCCCUGCUGGGGGCCAACAGGCGCGAGCAGUGGCUGAGUCUGCGCGCCGAGAUCGAGGCCCAGACCGACAGCUGGCUCACUCUCGCCCUCAAGUGUCUCAACAUCAUCGCCAAGAGGCCCGACAGCACCAACGUCCUCGUGACGAGCGACCAGCUCAUCGUGACCCUCGGCAAAGUCCUCGUCUGCGGCCUCGGCGGUAUCUUCGGCAUCGAGAAUAUCUACUCGGCUUCUAAAACCGGCAAAGACAGCAUCUUCAACAAGGUGAAGGCGCGCUACGGCCGCAGCUGCACCUACGUCGUCAUCGGUGACGGCGCCGAGGAGGAGACCGUGGCCAAGGCGCACAUGCUGCCCUUCUGGAGGAUCAAGGGCCACUCGGACAUCAGGGCGCUCUACAACGCCCUCGAGAUGGACUAUCUGUAACGCGCCUCGCUUUCGCCAACGACUAAAUCUAUUAUACCGCUCGAGAUCAUUCGAUUCGUAAAGUACAAAGAAGUAGAAUAUUUUUUAAGGCCAAGAGAUUGUUUUUACUUAAAAAUUUUUCCACGCGACGUUGUACAAAAUUAAGGGGAUUUCGAGACAUCUUUACGAGUUAAUUCAAUUUUAGCUUUUAGUAUAAUGAAAGUAUAUAUGGAUAAAGUUCGGAGCUUGAACGAAUGUUGGCCGAUUAACUGAAUCGAGAAAUGAAAGUAGCGAAGAAUCAAAACUAUUUUCGCCGUUAAACUUUAAACUUUACAUUACUGUUCAUUUAAUUAAUUUAUCAAGUUAAUUUUAUCGUAAAAAAAGAAAAAUUAGAAUGUAAGGUAUCAUCCUCUGUACAGACAGAUAAGACCAAAUAUGAAAGUAAAUAUGAAAGUAAAACUUAAAAUAACGGAAAAUUUAAUGAAACGUUCAUAUUAUCGAGAUGAAUUGUUUUCUGAACCGAACGUAAGAUUGAAUUACGCGAGCUUUUUUUAUUACUUAUAUACGAAUGUUUCAAUGAUGAGAGAAAGAAAUUGUGACUAAUGAAUGUGAAAAUCUCGCGAACUUACGUAAGUGUGCGUGUACUUAAGUAUAACAGCAAAAGAUCGUUUUAAUCUAAAACUACUAUUUUAUCUGUGCAAUCGUGCGCUCUAUGAUGAGAAAAAAAAUGACCUAACGUCUCUGUGAUUUUAAGAUAAAAAUGAAUUCAUAUUUAUGCUGCUUUCUUUUGCGGUAAAAAAAAUUAAGCUCACUCAACAAUAUUAUUUAUGAAUUAAAUAUUUAAGAUCUAAAUAUAUUUUCCUGCAAAUAACCACGUCGAGCAACUAGUCGAACGUAUGCAAGAAUUACUUCCUUCGAAAAUGAAUUUAAAAAACUGUUCAAAUUAUCGUAAAAAUAUUGUGCACUUUAUA